UACACCUUCCAGAUAAAUUGCCGGUUAUUACACAAACUUUGUUUACUAGAAACGAAAGUGAAAGUGGAGUAACACGGUAAAUAGAACAAAGUUUCGAUUAGAUAAGAUGAAACGUAAGUAAUUAUAAGAUGAGUAAAACAUUCACAUCGCGACCUGCUGUUACCCGCGGACGCGGCAGAGGUAACCAAUUCAACGCACAGCCCGUGAAUCGACCUUUGGGUCGAGCCAGACCCCCCGGGACAAUGGAAGGAAUGGAGAAUUCACGAGUGGGUGGGGCAACUGGAAAUUCCAACGAUUUGCCACCUGGAGUUCAGGCAACCCCUGCUGAACGCAGAUUAACAUAUCAAGGUGGUUAUUCGAUGAUACCACCUAAUGAAAAGAAGAGACAGCAUAUUAUGCAGAUUGCUCAAAAGGAGGAGAAAGCUCUCCAGGAACACAGACAAAGGAACACGCAGACUUCAUUUAACUAUGUGGGAACUGUUGGUGGAGGCCAAGUGAGUCAGCAAGAGUCUCGAAGUCAUCUUGUGCAGAGCUCACCAAAUAAAGUACAGCGCCAGCUACAACAGCAGCAACGAAAAACCAUUGUAAAGCAAAAAGAAGAAGAAGACAUUGUAAAACAUAAAGCCAAACAGAGAGCUGUGGCGGAGACAAAUGAGAGGCGUAAACAAGAGGAAGCAGCAUCUCAACAACAACGAUGGGAUGAACAGAAAAGAAGGACUAAUGAUGCAUUCUUGCGUCGACUGGAAAAUAAAGGAAACAAGCAAGGUGCAGUGAACAGUCAAGGGCCGCCACAAACAGUUCAGACAUGGGAGACACAGGAGAAUGAGGAAAGGGAGGAGAAUGAUGAUGAAUUUGUUCAAAGAAAGGGGGCAGUGAGUACGUCUGAUGCUGAGGAAAACAGUGUGGAUUAUGCCGGGCUGUCAGUGGAGCAGAGGAAAAGACUAACCACCCUUCAUGUCAUGUUCCCCCAGUAUCCUGUGGAUUUCAUUCGUGGUAUUUUAGAGCAGACGAACUUUUCACUUGAUGCAGCUGCGACAGUGCUUGGUGAAUGACUGUGAUUAACUGUGAUUAACUGUGAUCUGAAACAAAAGCAUGCUGACUACUCUGUAUGUUUAUGAAUGUGUUCCUAAGAGGACAUUGUAUGAAAACAUGUUUUGAUAAGUAAAAUCUCGUACAAAGGUGUCAGUAAAUUCUGUAGAAAACGUGUGUCAUCUGCAUAAAAAUCAAAUCAUUGGCUUCUUCUGUAACUUGUAUUUAUGUUUAUAUGUAUUGUAUUGUUGUUAUGUGUUAUGCUUGUUAUACGCCUAUAUUAAAAACAAUGUGUAUUUUGGGAACACCUG